CCAAUACCACCUGCAUCCGGCGCCGCGCGCAUCCCCCGUCAUCUGCGUCUCAACUGCGAUCCCCGUACAAGGCAAACUGUACUUUGGCAUCGUGAGCGAAUCGACCUCUCUUCAAACCGCAGUUGGCGAAACCGUUACUUUUAUCGGUUUACAACGAUGGCGGAACCAUCGUCCAAGGCGGAAGGCCAAACGCCAAUCGAAACCACGGCAGCAAGACCGUCCGAUUCGCCACAAUUGAACGAAGCGGAGGCGGGUAUGGCGCAAACGCAGACCGAGGACAAGCAGACAAUGGAGGAGCCGACGGCGCAAUCGAGCGCCGCGGCUGCAACCGAGACGGAAGCGGCGUCAAAAGGGAAAGAGAAGGAUGAGUCGACACCGCAAGCCGGGAAGCCGAGAGAAGGCGACUCCCUAUCAAUAGAGCCGACCGAGUUACCGCCACCCGCCGUCACCGCGAGCAGCACGGAGUCGCCACCCGUCUGCACCAUCACGCUGCUGCUGCCGACCGGCGCCAGACACCCUUACAAGCUCGACGAGAAGUACCUCGCCAAGCGCAACGUCGAGAUGCCCGACGUGACGGAAUCCGGCAGGCGAGACCCGUUCAGCAUCUCGGUCUACAAGCUGAAGGAGCUGAUCCUGCGGGAGUGGCGGGAGGAGUGGGAGGGAAAGCCGGCCAGUCCGAGCAGCAUUCGGCUGAUCCACUUUGGGAAGUUGCUGGAUGACAAGGAGCAGCUAAAAAAGUACCAGUUUAGCCAAGACAGCCCCAACGUCGUCCACAUGUCCGUGCGGCCGCCUGAGAUGAUGGAAGAGGAGGAGACAGGCAAGGCCAGCUCCGCCAGCCGGCAUGGAAGGAGCCGCGACGGGACCAGUAACUGCUGCGUGAUCUUAUAAGGGGGUGCGGGUAUGCAACUCGUCCUUCGGCAGCCCGGCCGUUCUUUGCUGAACCACCCGGCUGGACGCGGGGGCGUUGCUGAGAUAUUUUUGUCAGUAUGCCACACAACUGCAUUGCGAUGUUUCUUUGAUGGCCUCAGUUUGAUGUACAUGGUUGCGGUUGCGGUUGCGGGCACGGGUCUGGCGUUUGUCCUGUUCU